CAUCCACAAACUCCUACAGAUUUGUAGUUCUCAAUAAAAGUGCCCUCGAGCACUCGGACGCGUGUUUAAGGCUGUAGCCUCUUUAGGAAGAUUUAUUUAAUUAAGCCAUUUUUCCUGAAAGAUUUCAGACGGAAAUGUCAAUUCAUAAGAAGUGAUUCCGGUUCAAUGGGAAGCUUUGAGCUGCUCUCUGGAAAGUGACCAUUGUUGUAAUCAGGUCGAGGCUGUUGUUAUUUCUACUUGCUGACCUUCUUAGUUGAACACAGCUUAACAACAGGAGGAGGGCGCAAGUAUUGUAAGUGUCAUGAAAGAAAUGUCAAGCAACAUGCCUGGUGGGCAGCAGCCUCAGAAACACUAUGGCAUCACGUCCGCCAUUAGCCUUGCUCCCCCACGAGACAUAGACCACCAGUACACCAAAAAACUUUGCGAUGCUAUGAAGCCUUUUGGGGUGUUUGAAGAUGAAGAAGAGUUGAACCACAGACUCGCUGUUCUGGGCAAAUUGAAUAACUUUGUUAAAGAGUGGAUCGCAGAGAUCAGUGAAUUAAAGAACCUUCCACCUUCUGCUAUAAGCUGUGUUGGGGGCAAGAUAUUUACAUUUGGUUCAUAUCGUCUUGGAGUCCAUACAAAAGGAGCUGAUAUUGAUGCCCUAUGUGUGGCACCCCGACAUGUGGAAAGGAGUGACUUUUUUCAGUCUUUCUUUGAGAAAUUGAAACAGCAUGAGGAAAUUAAAGACCUGAGGGCUGUCGAGGAUGCCUUUGUUCCAGUUAUAAAAUUCAAAUUUGAUGGAAUAGAGAUUGACCUGCUUUUUGCCAGACUGGCAUUACAGUCCAUUCCAGACAACCUGGACCUACGCGGGGAUUCCAUCCUGCGAAAUCUGGACAUUCGUUGCAUUCGAAGUCUUAAUGGUUGUCGGGUGACUGAUGAAAUACUGUACUUGGUGCCAAACAAAGAAAACUUCAGGCUGACACUGAGAGCCAUCAAACUUUGGGCAAAACGUCGUGGGAUUUAUUCCAACAUGCUGGGGUUUCUGGGCGGUGUGUCAUGGGCCAUGCUGGUAGCCAGGACUUGCCAGCUCUACCCUAAUGCUGUUGCUGCCACCCUCGUCCAUAAGUUCUUCUUGGUUUUCUCCAAAUGGGAGUGGCCAAAUCCUGUGCUUUUGAAACAACCUGAGGACAGUAAUCUGAAUCUACCUGUAUGGGAUCCCAGAGUGAACCCAUCUGACAGAUAUCACCUGAUGCCCAUCAUCACACCUGCCUACCCUCAGCAAAACUCCACAUACAAUGUCUCCACAUCAACACGCACCAUUAUGAGCGAGGAGUUUAAAUAUGGUCUCAGUGUCACAGAUGAGAUUCUUCAGGGGAAAGCUGAAUGGCCAAAGCUCUUUGAGCCUCCCAAUUUUUUCCAGAAAUACAAGCAUUACAUCGUUCUGACAGCCAGUGCAUCCACAGAAGAAAAUCACUUAGAAUGGAUUGGACUUGUUGAGUCAAAGAUUCGUGUUUUGGUGGGGAACCUGGAGAGGAAUGAGUAUAUUACCCUUGCACAUGUCAAUCCCCAGUCCUUCCCCGGGUCCAAAGAAAACCGAAAUGAGAAUGAUUUUGUCUCCAUGUGGUUCAUUGGGAUCAUCUUCAAGAAGGUGGAGAAUGCAGAGAGUGUGAAUAUUGAUCUUACAUAUGACAUCCAGUCGUUCACAGAUACUGUGUACAGACAAGCCAACAACAUUAACAUGCUGAAAGAUGGAAUGAAGAUUGAAGCAACACAUGUGAAGAAGAAGCAGCUUCAUCAGUACCUUCCUGCUGAACUGGUGCAAAAGAAGAAGAGAAGCAUAGCAGAGUUAAACCGCAGCUCCAAUGGAGGGAGCUCGAAGCGGAUUUCUCUGGACAGCAGUCACCUGGACAGCUCAAGAGAUACCGACUCAGGGACCCCCUUCAGCUCCCCCACCAGCAAAGCCUCCAAGCCAACAUCUGACACAGAUGAUGGUGUCAGUCCCCCCAAGCAACUUGUUUUGGAGGUCUCUCCCGCUGCCAGCUCAGCACCAGCUGCUAAAGAGCAGGGCAUGUCUAUCCCUGUUAUUGGUUCUAAGCCAGUGGUUCAAGCUCCACCAGCCAGUAGCGCUGUCUCUACAACGAUAAGUGGGAAUGUGAUUCCCAAUGCAGCAAGCAGCCCCAAAGAGGAGCUUGAGAGUCAGGAGGACUCUGUCAAUGGAGCUGCCAAGAGACCUCACUCUCCUACACAAGAAGACAUGGCCAAGAAGUCCAAAGACACACAAGUGUCCCCUAACGAUGAACCUACAUUCAAAGAGCCUUUUCCACCAUCCUCAGAGACGCAUCGAGAGAGAUUGAACAUUACUCCUCUCACCGAAUCGAAGCCUAAGCCCAUUCCGACCAUAGAUACUCCAAGAACUCAGAGGCUUCCCAGCAUGGAGCUGCCCGAUGCCUCCUCACCUCUCCCAGCCAGCAACAGCUGUCGUGUUGUAAAGAAUUCCAUAAAACUUGCCCUCAAUCGCCACAACAUCACACCUCCCAAGCCCCCAGUGUUCGAGGGUAACCCGACCCCUGAGGCACCUCCUGCCAGUCAAGAAAGGGGCAUGUCCAUUCCUGUUAUUGGAUCUAAACAAGUUGUGUCCAAGCACACGACGCAAGCCGUCGGCAGCUCCAUCCCCACUUUAGUUAGCCGAGGAUCAGAUCCUCUCAACGGUGCAGCCUCCAAGAGACCUCACUCUCCCUCCCUGGAGGAGCAGUCUAAGAGGCUGAAAGAAACAGAGAAAGCGAGAAUCCACAUAGCGUGAACUCCCAAAUGGAGCCUGGAUUCUUGUAUACACAGAGGUGGGGUCGGGUCUAACACAGAAGUUCACUUCACACGUUCAGGUCGCGCAGUUUGGGCUGUCGCACAGGAUGGACGGACACCUCACCUCAGAUCUCCAGAGGUUACAGAUAAACCAGUAAAUAGGUGAUUUGGACAGAGCUGAUGUUGUCAGCACUCAUGGUCACACGUGUAGCCAGAGUGCAUUUUAUUCAACACUCACAGAGAUCUCAGACAGGAAGUAAAGCAGAACUUUUUUUUUUACUUACUCCCAUUACCAUUUUUUUCCAUUUCUUUUGAGUUAACAUGUUUUAAACACAGGAGCCCCAAUAUUUUCUCCACCUUUGCUUCACAUCUGAUAUAUACUGAUUUAUUUUUGUCUCUUUAUUUCCUAAACAGAAAUUUGUACAGUAAAUGUUGAUGUACAUAACGUCUUUGUCUUAAGAAGCUCACUGUCAAGUCAUUUCGUCUAUCAUAGUUUUAUCUAAAAAGGAAAAAUGAUGUUUGAAAAAAAGAAAAAAAAACUUUUUUUUUAAAUUUUCUUUAUAACUUGUCCUGUAUAGUUUAGAUAAAGCAGCAGCAUUUCUGGAAGAUUUGCUCGGAUUUGACAAAUUACAACCAUAGUUCUUUGGACCACCUCGACCACUGCAAAGGAUUCCACGUUUAUGUCCGUCUUUUAAGUGUGUUAAACGGGCCCAGCAGCUGCACUUUUGAUGUGCUUGGUAGACUUAAAUUAGACUUAGAUUUCUGAAGUAAUGAAAUAAUUGGAUUCUGGGAGUGGCUGGUCAGAAAUUAUGUGCAAAUUUGCUGUAGACUGAAUCAGAAAGAUUACUUUAUUACACUUUGCUUCUUUUUGUA